GGCACUGAAGUGACAAUCGUUUUUCAAAACUUUUAAUAGUACAUUUGUUUAUAUUUUCGUAUUAUUUCACUAAAAAUUUUCGUUUUUUGUUAUACUAUUCCUUUUCCAUUUUAUAUAAGAAUAGAAAUCUAAAAAAUAUUUAAAAAAUCUAUUUAUUUAAUUUUUUACACAUAGAAACAGAAAAUAUGUGUAUUUUCGUACAUUUGACAUAGGUUAGAGGUUAUCUAUUUUUUUAUCUCAUUAUGUAGUCAUUCUUGUUCGAUUUCUUCUGAAUUAAUAUUUAAUAAACAACGGCAGUGUUAUACAAAUCUUCAAUUAUAUAUUAAAAACAUUACAGGAAUUCAAACAAGUUUCCAUUAGUUUCCAUCAUGUCUACAACAGUAUCAAAUGAUGAACGUAUGUUAAAAGGAAUAAGAAGAGUAAUUCCAAAUUUGAAUAAUACCAAAUAUAAAGGUCAAGAUGGUCGAAUUGGUAUAUUUGGUGGUAGUCUUGAAUAUACUGGUGCACCAUAUUAUGCAGCAAUGAGUGCACUCCGUACUGGAUGUGAUUUAGUGCACAUAUUUUGUGUAAAAGAUGCAAGCUUUCCACUGAAAGCAUUUAGCCCAGAACCUAUUGUUCAUCCAGUUUUAGAUCAAUAUGAUGCAAUUAAACAAAUAAGACCAUGGCUUGAUCGUUUACAUAUAAUUAUUAUUGGACCUGGUCUUGGUAGAGAUGAUAAAGUAUUUAAAAUAAUUGUUGAAUUAAUUUCAAUUUGUCGUGAUAUGAAAAAGCCAUUGGUAAUUGAUGCAGAUGGAUUAUUUUUGAUUAGCCAGAAACCUGAUAUAAUAAAAGAAUAUCCAGGUGCUAUCCUUACUCCUAAUGCAAUGGAAUUCAGUCGCCUUGUUAAAGGAGUACUUGAUAAAAAUGUUCAACCUACACCAAUGGUUAAAGCAAAUGAUGUUAAACAUUUAGCUGAUGCACUUGGGAAAAAUGUAAUAAUUUUACAUAAAGGAGCAAAGGAUGUAAUUGCAGAUGGACAUAAAGGUACAGAAGCUGUGUCAUGUGGAUUAGCUGGUUCUGGACGAAGAUGUGGAGGUCAAGGAGAUUUAUUAUGUGGAGCAUUAGCUGUAUUUUGGUGGUGGGCUAUUUGUGCAGGAAAUAACGAAACUGCUUUGUCUCCACCAAUAGCUGCAAGUUAUGCUGCAAGUAGAUUAGUGAGAGAAUGCAAUUCAUCUGCAUAUAAAUUAAAGCAAAGGGGAAUGCUAACAACUGAUAUAUUGGAGCAAAUACAACCUGUUUUUGCCAGAAUUUUUGAGACUCAUUUUAACAAGUGAGCUAUUUAGUUAAAGUGACUAUUAUACAUGAUUUUGAUGGAUUUUACAUAAAACACAAUUAUUUUUAUUACAAAAUUUUGUAUAUAAGAUUUUUUAUGUAUACGUUGUACAGAGCAAUUAAUAAUAACAGAUAAUUAUAUUGAUAUUGAUUGUAGAACAUCUUCAUUCAAUGGGAGAAAUCGAACACGAAGCAUUGAUUCCUGAAUUAUAUUAAUAUUACUUAAUUUUUUAAUGCAUAUACAAGUUUGAUAAAAAUUUGGUGAAUUUUUAAAUUAUUAAAUUGUGAAAUAAUAAAAUUAUAUUAAACCUGAAAUGUUAAAAUGAGAAGUUAAAUUCAGGAAUUUAAAAAUUACAAUAAAUUUAUUGUAAAUAAUAAAAUAUUUUUAAUGUCACUAAAUGCAUUGCAAAAUAAAUAAAAUAUUUUAUUUAAGCUUC